AUGGCCGGAAAGCUCACAAAGAGCACUGCGAGGGCUCUGGCUGUGCUUGCAGACCGAGCUGCAGCUGUCCGAGCUGAAAAGCUGAAACGGAAUGAUGAAUGUGAAGAUAUCCUGCGAGCCAUAAUUGGCAAGGAAGACAACUUCGAUCGCCUUCGAGCAGUACACGGCGACGCUCGCCAAUUGCUCUUCAACCAAGCGCAGGCGGCUUGUAAAGAGUUAGGAUGGGGGGCUGAACGCCUGCUGUCACAAUCUAUCAAAUCUACAAGGAAGAUUGUUGCCGAGCUGAGUCUAUACCCAAUAGCUAGUCCCGCUAUAAACGCCUGUUCACAUCUCAUAUAUGAGUUCACCGUGGGCUUUAUGAGAAAAGCGGCAUGGAGUUUCCGAUCCCAUGGCAGCGAUGGAGCAGUCAAGACAUCAUGGACCACAUGCGCUUGA